CCCACCAGCGUGGGGGACCAGCCUGCCAUCUCCAGCCAAACCCCUGGCAGCAGCGGCGGAUCAAUAACCCACUACAGGGGGCACCACGGCUCAGCUGUCCUCCGGGGGGCAAGGGGGUGGCUGGCUAGGAGAGAAAACCUCCCCUUCCCUCAUGCUCAGGCGAGCUGAGGGGUGGUGUGGCCUGGCAGAGCUGUGCCACCGCAGCCUGGCCAUCGAACCUGCCAAGGAAAAGCCUCCGGGAGCACCGGGAUGAGCACCCCGAGCUGCUCCGGUCCGACAGCCAGAGCAGCCAGGGCCAGACUUGUCAAAACAAAAGAAAACAAAAGAAAACAAAAGAAAACAAAAGAAAAAAGUUUUUUUUUUACACUGGACAUUUCUAGCGGGUCCCCGUGCAUGCGCCCGCAGCAUUAACAGUGUCCAGAGGUCUCCUGCGGCGGGCGGCUGGCGUCACGUCGUCACAGCAACCCGCUACCGUGCCCCUAGGAGCCACGUUUCCCGUUUUGAUCUCUUUUGUAGUUUCUUUUAAUUACAGAUGAGGGGUGCCUGGAAAAGCCGGUGCUGGAGCGCGGGGGCCCUGGCAGCACCCAGAGCGCCGUGUAAGGGCUCCCUGUGCACCGGCCCCACGCUGCGGCCAGGGCAGGGUGCCGGGCUGUAAGCGCACACGGACGAGUUCCAGUUGUGAUAAAAUUUGCUAUUUAGCUGUAAACCAGAAGAAAGCGACAGCUUUUGGUACCCCGCCGUCCCCUCCCUGAUAGUACCUGAGCUGCAGAAGUUAUUUCACUUUCAGGUGGUUUGAUUGCGGCCGCUCGCACCCCGGUGCCACACGAAGACGUGGCACAUCCCCGGAGCGAUGGGGACGGCUGGAAGCGGCGGCUCUGAGCGCCCCGCGCUGACCCCAGCAGCACAGAGACACCUCUGGCCUGCGGGAACUCGUGCCCCGCACCUGCCCCUGUGAGCACGAACUGCAUCCCUGUGCGGGCCGGUGUCACCGUUCGCAGAGCCGCAAUAAUCACAGAAUACACCGAGGACAAAGAAAUAACUAGUCAUCGGGAGGAAAGGGCACGGAACCAAGCCACCACGUCCGGCUUAACACCACGUCUGUGUGCAAACACCGACACCGUGUCGCUGAAUCUGCCACACGGCCAAGUGCACUCCCCUGGGUGCAGAGCUUGGGAGCAGAGGGGAUGGGGAUGGGUGCGGUGGGGUCGGUCCCCACACCGCAGCCCCACAGGGGGAUGCGCUCCCUCCAGCCCUCCUGCCUCUGAUCAAAGGACAGGUUUCUCUCCCGGCGCUCUCGGUGCCGUGGGUUUCCAGCUGGAGGUGGGGACGCGCAGGCAGCCUGACCCUCCCCUCCUCGGAUCUGUCAUCAGCCACGGAAAAAUCCUUGCCUUCCCCAAGUUGCUCAGCCCGAGUCCUGCAGGGCUCGCCGGGGCGGCAGCAUGGGGGAGCAGCCCUGUCCGGCGCCUGCCAGCCCCCCCGGGCAGGACGGGGGUCCUGGGGCCAGCCCCGCGCCCCCCGUGCACCCCCGGGACAAGUGGAGCAAAAAAAUGGAUUUCCUCCUCUCGGUCGUUGGAUUUGCCGUCGAUCUGGGCAACGUGUGGCGGUUCCCUUACAUCUGCUACCAGAACGGAGGGGGUAAGGAUGCUGCUAGGGCUGCUUACAUCUGCUUUUGGGGGAAAAGAAAUCUGUCUGUCCUCUUUUGGAUGCUGAAAACUCGCUGUUUCUUGUCUUUGUUGGUCUCUAGCUGCUCCUCUUUGGAGAGGGCAGCUCAGAGACCGACCCAACUUCUCCUCGCAUCUGUCUCCUUCCUGCUCUGUGUCUUUUUCCCUUAAAAGCCCUCUUCCAUUCACCCCUCUCCCGGUGUCAUUCGUGCCCUUCCCGGUGGGAUCAGCGGUGUCGGCUCCCUGCUGCGGGACGGCCGCAGGCACCGGGCACUUCGCAGCACCAGGGGCAGUGAGAGCAAAGCGACCUGGUCCAAACUGGUGAAGCUGUAAAUUUGGGGUGGGAGGUUCAUGCACUUGCUGAUCCGAUCGUGUGAUCUGGUGCAAGCAACCCUUCCGGUGGCUGGCGUUUUAAAAUAAUCCUGCUGACAUCCCCGGCCCGAGCUGUGCCGGACCCUGGGGUGAGCCCUGCGUUUGCAAGCACACAGCCCGGAAAGUUUAGGUGCAAAAGCUCCAUGCAGGAAAAACAUUAAGUGACAACUAAACAAAUUGGUUUAAACAGACUGGAAAUACGAUAAGUCUGCUUUAAGCAGACUGGAAUGACAAUAAUUUCCCCUUGCAUAGAAAUUAUAAAUGAGGAAUGAAAAUUUUGUGCUAUUUGCCAAAGCACAGUGGAUUUCGUUGCCAAAGUCGGCACUCGGGUAGCAUCCUCUGGCGCCUGGGAAAACUAGGAGGAGAUAAUUAGUACCACACUCAAGGCUACAGCGUGGAUGGCAGGCGCCCCCGUGGAAGCACAGUUAUUUGGGAUUUGCUCCUCUGGGGCUGGGGGCAAACUUCAGCCACUUGUCGAUGAUGUGGCUGGCGAGAUGCCUUCCCUAAGCACGCAGCAAGGUGAGGAUCAAGCAGCACGCCCAGGGGAGGCCGGCGCUCCUGGAGGUCGGGGCUCCAGCUGCGGAGGUACCACAGCCCCGUGUCCCCCCAGCAUAUGGAGAGAGCAGCCGUGGGGGUUAAAUUAACUAAUCCCGGCUGGGCUCUCCUGACGAGCUCAGCUCCAGCGCCUAAAAGUCCACUGGGUGCAAGCGCAGCCCCGGUAUAGAUGGCGUUGGUAUGAAUAAUGCAGAUCACAGCAUUAAUUACUCGUAUCUCAGGGUGACAAUGCAUAUUCAGCAGGAUUUCUCCAAAACUCUUUGAGACCCGAGAGGUGCGUGGUGCCCCAUCCCUUGCACCCUGCUGGCUCAUGCUGCCCGCAGCACCACGGGGCGACCUGAGCGUCCCCGCUCCCACCCACGAGCCGCUCUCUGUGGGGCAUCCCGAGGGGUUUGCAGAGCCUCCGAGAGGCACGUGUCCGAACCACACAUCCAGGAUCCCCCGUGACGUGUCCCCGCGCACACUCGCCGGCUGGCACGGGGCCGUGGUGGUCACCCCGCUCUGCUCCUCGCCCCGCAGGCGCCUUCCUCAUCCCCUACACGCUGAUGGCUGUUUUCGGAGGGGUGCCCCUCUUCUACAUGGAGCUGGCCCUGGGGCAGUUCCACAGGACGGGCGCCAUCCCCAUCUGGAAGCGCAUCUGCCCCAUCUUCAAAGGUGAGAGGUGGUCACGCAGAAAGUGUGGGGCCAGCCCGGGUCUGCCCUGGGCACAGGGAGCUGCUCGGCCAGCCCAGGCAGCGGGAGCCUGUCCCCUUCUCUCUCCAGGCAUCGGCUUUGCCAUCUGCAUCAUUGGCCUCUACGUCUCCUUCUACUACAACACCAUCAUCGCCUGGGCUCUCUACUACUUCUACUCGUCCUUCUCGGGCACCCUGCCCUGGGCGAGCUGCGACAACCCCUGGAACACCCCCAACUGCACCAACUACUUCGGAAGGAGCAACGUGACUUGGACCAACUUCUCCAGGUCCCCCGCCGAGGAGUUUUAUACGAGGAAGGUCCUGGAGAUCCAGAAGUCCGGCGGUCUGUACGAUGUGGGGGGGAUCCGCUGGCAGCUGCUCCUCUGCCUCUUCCUCAUCUUCACCAUCGUCUACUUCAGCCUGUGGAAAGGGGUGAAAACCUCCGGCAAGGUGGUGUGGGUGACGGCCACGCUGCCCUACCUCGUCCUCCUCGUCCUGCUGGUCCGCGGGGCCACCCUGCCCGGCGCCUGGAGAGGGGUGCUCUUCUACCUGCGCCCAGACUGGGGCAAGCUCCUGAGCACGGCGGUCUGGGUCGAUGCUGCUGCGCAGAUUUUCUUCUCCUUGGGCCCAGGAUUCGGUGUCCUUCUGGCUCUGGCCAGUUACAACCACUUCCACAACAACUGCUACCGGGACGCGCUCGUCACCAGCGCGGUGAACUGCCUCACCAGCUUCCUCUCAGGCUUCGUCAUCUUCACCGUGCUGGGCUACAUGGCCGAGAUGAGGGACGUGGAGGUGGAGGACGUAGCCAGAGACAAAGGUCCCAGCCUGCUUUUCAUCACCUACCCCGAAGCCAUCGCCAACAUGGUGGGCUCCACCUUCUUCGCCAUCAUCUUCUUCCUGAUGAUGAUAACGCUGGGGCUGGACAGCACGUUUGGGGGCCUGGAGGCAGUGAUCACGGCCGUGAUGGACGAGUACCCCCAGGUCCUGGCCAAGCGCAGGGAGCUCUUUGUCCUCGGCCUCAUCACAGUCUGCUUCCUGGGCUCCCUGAGCACCCUCACCUACGGCGGCGCCUACGUGGUGAAGCUGCUGGAGGAGUUCGGCGCGGGCUGCUCGAUCCUGGCGGUGGUGCUGCUGGAAACGAUAGCCGUGUCCUGGUUUUAUGGCAUCCAGAGGUUCUCCCACGACGUGAAAGCCAUGCUGGGCUUCGCCCCGGGGCUGUUCUGGAAGGUGUGCUGGGCCGCCAUCAGCCCGGCCUUGCUGGCGUUCAUCGUCGCCAGCUCCCUGCUGGAGCAGCCUCCCCUGGUGCUCUUCAGCUACCAGUACCCGGUGUGGAGCACCUCGGUGGGGCACCUCGUAGGGGCAUCCUCCUUCGUCUGCAUCCCCGUCUACAUGGUGUACAAGCUGGUCUGGACGCCGGGGUCUCUCAAGCAGGUCAGAGCUACAUCAGCGUGGCCCUGGAGCCAAGACACUGUCCCCAGGUGUCAUCCCUCCACCCAUUUGUGGGACACCCCAGCCUGGGGCCAUGGGGGCAGGUGGCAGGCACAAAUAGAGAGCACCAGCUCCCGCUGCGCAGGGCAGGAGGUCCUGCUGCGGGAAGGAAACCCUUUUCUCUCUGCCCUCUUCCACCCUGCAGCGCCUCGCCAUCUGCGUUCGGCCGGAGAAGACAGCACGAGACGCCCAGGCCGAGGCGGUGCGCAUGUCACCGGUCCCGUAGCCCGGCGGCACAACCAGGGGGCGCAGAGGCUGCUCUUCGGCUUCAGUUCCAUGCAACAAAGCGAUCGGGCAGACAGAAGAGAAGCUGCCAUCGCCGUCCUCACAGCAAACCGGCCCCGUGCCUGUCCUUGCUGUGUCACCUGCGAGCAUCGUGGUGCCAGGGAGCCUCCGGAGCCAGCGCGGCGUGGCGGGCGCUCCGCUGUUGCCCGAUGUGUCUGUCCCCUUCCAAAGAGAAAAGAAAGCCCCGGCUGUGAGCGAAGCUGAGUGGUUUUGGGGUCUGUGGGGUCCAUUCCUUCCCCAACCUCCAUUUUGGGGGUGAACCACGGCUCCCUGUAGCACAUCGCUGGUCAUGGCUGACCACGCACCCGCUCCUGGUCAGACCCCUCGGUCAGACCCCUUGCUUGGACCCCUUGGUCAGACCCCUCGCUGGGACCCCUGGCUCCCUGCAGCACCCCAAGGACCCCACCACACGUCGUGGUUUAACAGGAGCGGUACCGGUGGUGCCGCCUGGCUCUGCCCUGGCCACCAGCCCCUGGGUCUUGACCCCCACUGCUCUGGGCUCCCUUUGGAGGCUUCUGGGGCCCGUGUCCGGCCCGGGCAGGGAGAAGGCGCCCCCAGGGACUGCGACCCCCGGCGGCGUGCAGCCAAGAGAUGGGGGCACAAGGGUGGGGGGGGGGGGGCACAGGG